AGCAACAAAAAAAGAUCCGAACCCGGUCCAAUUCUUACCCGCUAACUACCCAUAUAAGGUUUUGCUUCCCCUUCAUUUCCACUGAAAUUAGGGUUUUCCACAGAGAACUGCUUCUGAAACUUUUCUGCGUUUCUUCCUCGGCGGCGAGCGAAAAUGCCUUCCCACAAGACCUUCAGGAUCAAGAAGAAGCUCGCGAAGAAGAUGAGGCAGAACAGGCCAAUCCCUUACUGGAUCCGUAUGAGGACCGAUAACACAAUCAGGUAUAAUGCUAAGCGUAGGCACUGGCGUCGUACCAAGCUCGGAUUUUAAGGUGGAUCAACCUGCUAUUCGAGAUUUUAAGCUGUUUUUGUUUUGGGUUUUUCUAGAAUGUUACGAGCGAUGUGGAAAGGUUGUAAUUUUGAUCUCGAGUUUAGAGAUCAAUGUAGAGCGUUUCCAUGACUUGAUUUAAAUGUUUUGUUGUUAUUGUUGGUAUCAAUGUGAAACUGAGAUAGGAGAUUUUGUUUAUUGAUGUUGGGUUGAGAUACCAUUUCUAUGAAAAUUUUGAAUGUUGGUUGUUAA